UUGUGGAAGAUGCGAAUGUCCCGACUUUUUUACCGCGUUAAGACGUUUUUGUUUGAUUAUUAACAGCAACAAUCUUCUAUAUGCAUUGCUUUCAUUACUGCUUCUCUAAAAUUCUGUAUAAGAAUCUUAAAUAAGACGUAUAUUUUUGUUAGUGUAAGAAAAGUUGGCAUUUUAAGAAUAUUGGUUUUGUUUAGAAAACAAGUCAAUGUGAAAAUGCCUUCAGCAGACUGCAAAAAGUAUGAGAACUUUCUGCCGUUCAUCGGAGAGUUUGGAGCCUUCCAAAAGCGACUGCUCCUUUGGAUGAUGCCCGCCGCCUUUUUGUUUGCAUUCACCUACUUUGGACAGAUAUUCAUGAUACUGGUGCCCAAAGAUCACUGGUGCAGGAUUCGCGAACUGGAGGCGCUGCCCAAGGAGGAGCAAAUCAAGCGGGGAAUCCCGAUCACAAAGGAUGGCGAUUUUGAGAGAUGUUUAAGGUACAAUGUGCCCUUAGAAUCGGAUGUAAGCAACGUAACCAAUCAGACCCGGAGCAAUAUAGCCUGCAACGAUGGUUGGGUGUAUGAUCGUGACCAGAUUCCCUACGAGUCCAUCGCCACGCAGUACAACUGGGUGUGCGAUGAUCAAGACUUAGGCACCUAUUCCGUGCUCGCCUUCUUCGUGGGCUCUAUUGUGGGUUGCCUGUGUUUCGGAUACGUCGCCGAUCACUGCGGUCGCCUGGUGGCCUUGUUCCUGGCCAAUUCCUGCUCCAUGAUCGGCGGCUGCGUCACUGUUGUUUGCAAGGACUUUUACUGCUUUGCCGCCAGCAGAUUUUUGGUCGGAUUGGCAAUGAAUAGCUGCUUCGUUCCCAUCUAUAUUUUAACUCUGGAGAAUGUUGGCAUCAAAUAUCGUACCCUGGUGGGUAACCUAGCCCUGGCAAUUUCCUUUACUUUGGGCGCCGUCGUUCUGCCUUGGGUCGCCUAUGCCUUCCACAGUUGGAGACACUAUGCCAUGACUGUGUCACUGCCCGUGGUUUUUAUGAUAUUGAUGAGCCUACUGCUUCCCGAGUCCCCCAGUUGGCUUUUCUCGGUGGGAAAGGUGAAAAGGGGAAUGCAUGUCCUGAAAGAGGCAGCACAGAGCAAUGGGAAAACCCUUUCCGACAAGGAGUGGUCUGAGAUGGAGCAAUGCUAUGAACUGGAUUUUGCCAACGAGCAUUCCGGCAAACAUUACACCUGUCUGGAUCUCUUCAAGACCUUUCGCAGAUUUGUUGUCACUACGAUACUGAUCCUCAGUUGGAUGAUUGUGGCCCUGGUGUACGAUGCUCAUGUGCGGGUCGUCUCCUUGUUGGGUACCGAUGUGUUCAUCACCUUUUCCAUUUCCUCGCUCGUCGAAAUCCCGGCUGGAAUUGUGCUAGUCUUCCUGCUUGAUCGAGUUGGUCGCAAACCCGUAAUGAUAGCUGUAAUGCUGUGCUGCGCCGCAUUCAGUCUUUCGGCUGCUUUUCUGCGAAGGCAAUGGGACGUUGCAAUAGCGGCAACUGUAGCCAGAUUCUUCAUAACAAUGGCCUACAAUGUGGGCCAACAGUGGGCCUCUGAAAUAUUGCCCACUGUGGUGCGUGGUCAGGGAUUGUCGGGCAUUAACGUGAUGGGUCAGAUAGGUGCCCUAAUAUCACCGAUAGUCAUUUACACCCACCGCUUUUACGCUUCCCUGCCCAUGUUUAUAAUCACAUUGCUUUCGGUGAUUGGAGGAGUUAUAGUCAUGGUCCUGCCAGAGACCAAAGGCACUGUGCUGCCUCAAUCGAUGGACGAAGCGGAUAAGCGAUGGACGUUGCGUUGUAGAAAUCGCAAAAUAAACGUUAAUCAAUGAAUUUGUAAUAUUUGUACCUUCCCAGAUGGAUUUUUACAUAGUGAAUUGGAGAGGAAGGAAA